GAACACACCCUUAAAUUGCCCCCCCUCCCUCCCUGGAACUGAAGCAGCCAAACCAAGCUCGCCUCUCCUGGGAGCAACACCCAGAGAGAGAGAGAGAGAGAGAGAGAGAGAGGGAGGGAGGGAGAUAAAUAUUAUAAUGGGAAGGAAGCCAUGCUGUGCCAAAGUGGGACUUAAUAAAGGGGCAUGGACUGCUCGAGAAGACAAAAUUCUUGCUAAUUACAUCAAAGUUCAUGGAGAAGGCAAAUGGAGAGAUAUGCCUCAGAAAGCUGGGUUAAAGAGAUGCGGGAAGAGUUGCAGGCUCCGGUGGCUGAAUUAUCUGAGGCCAGAUAUCAAGAGAGGCAAUAUUUCAGAGGAAGAGGAAGAGCUCAUUCUCAGACUACACAAACUCCUUGGUAAUAGGUGGUCACUCAUUGCUAGAAGAUUGCCUGGGCGAACAGACAAUGAGAUCAAGAACUACUGGAACAGCAACUUGAGCAAGAGAAUUAAUCAUGGCGACAAUAACUACUCUAAAAAUUCUCGAAAACAGCGAAGCCCACGUCCAGAGAAACACACAGUCAUCAGAACCAAAGCGGUGCGAUGCACCAAAGUAGUCAUCCCGCAGGAACUAAACGUAACAGCAAUGAUCGAGAAAUGUGAAGCUCCGGCGGCCUCUCAACCCGAUUAUUUGCUUGACUUUGACGCCGCCGGCGACCUCUUCGUGACUGAUCUUCUAGACUUGGAAAUUCGGCCGGAGCCAAACGAAAACGACGGAGGUGGUGGAGACUUUAGUGGCGAUGUUUGUGGGUUUCCUCUAAGCGAAGCCUGGUGGAGCAUAAAUGAUUUAAGCGACGAGAUAAUAUUGGAAGCAGAUGAAAAUUGGAGGGCUAGUACUGAACCACCCCAAACCCAUGGUUUAGGCUAGUAGAUGACAAAAUCAUGAAUUAAUGUCGUACAAGCAAGAUGGGUCUUGGAGUGAGUAGUACGGAGGUAUCUUCGCAAUAUUUUCAACUGUGAAUUGAAUGUCAAUGGUCCAAUGAUUUGCCUAUAUGAUGGAAAUUAAUUGCAAGGGAUGCAAUAAAAGGGAUUUCCAACCAACCCUCUUUCCUGUAUUAAUUUCUGCAAGAAAUUAUCUGACUGUCGUGAUGCUCUCCCCCCAAUCAUUUGACAUUUUUGCUCCAAA